CCCCCUUCCCGGGUCUCCGCGGCCAUCUUCCCCGCGAGCCGCACCUCGCGGGCCUGGCGGGGCGGUCAGGGGCGCGGCCCCGGGGCCCCGCCCCGCCAGGGACUCUCGGGAGCGCGGGCCGCGGGCGCACUGCUCGGACGCACGGAUCGCGGGGAACGCAGCAGUCCUCUGCAGGAGCCGCGGGUCGGGAAAGGGCGUUUCAGCUGUUGGAGAGCGUGUUUCCAGGGGAGGCGAGGAAACCCGUCCGGAACCGAAAAUGCCGAAACCGAUCAACGUCCGAGUGACCACCAUGGAUGCGGAGCUGGAGUUCGCCAUCCAGCCAAACACCACAGGAAAGCAGCUUUUUGAUCAGGUGGUUAAGACCAUCGGCCUUAGGGAAGUGUGGUACUUUGGCCUCCAGUAUGUGGAUAACAAAGGAUUUCCUACGUGGUUGAAACUUGAUAAAAAGGUGUCCGCCCAAGAGGUCAGGAAGGAGAGCCCGCUGCAGUUCAAGUUCCGGGCCAAGUUCUACCCCGAGGACGUGGCUGAGGAGCUCAUCCAGGACAUCACACAGAAGCUCUUCUUCCUGCAAGUGAAGGAGGGCAUCCUCAGCGACGAGAUCUACUGCCCGCCCGAGACCGCUGUGCUCCUGGGCUCCUACGCCGUGCAGGCCAAGUUCGGCGACUACAACAAGGAGCUGCACAAGGCCGGCUACCUCGGCUCCGAGCGGCUCAUCCCGCAGAGAGUCAUGGACCAGCACAAGCUCACCAGGGACCAGUGGGAGGACCGGAUCCAGGUGUGGCACGCCGAGCACCGCGGGAUGCUCAAAGACAGUGCCAUGCUGGAAUACCUGAAGAUCGCCCAGGACCUGGAAAUGUACGGGAUCAACUAUUUUGAGAUAAAAAAUAAGAAAGGAACAGACCUUUGGCUCGGCGUUGAUGCCCUUGGACUAAAUAUCUAUGAGAAAGAUGAUAAGUUGACCCCAAAGAUUGGCUUCCCAUGGAGCGAGAUCAGGAACAUCUCUUUCAAUGACAAGAAGUUUGUCAUCAAGCCCAUCGACAAGAAGGCUCCUGACUUCGUGUUCUACGCGCCCCGCCUGCGGAUCAACAAGCGGAUCCUGCAGCUCUGCAUGGGGAACCACGAGCUGUACAUGCGCCGCCGGAAGCCCGACACCAUUGAGGUGCAGCAGAUGAAGGCCCAGGCCCGGGAGGAGAAGCACCAGAAGCAGCUGGAGAGGCAGCAGUUGGAAACCGAGAAGAAGAGGAGAGAAACCGUGGAGAGAGAAAAAGAGCAGAUGAUGCGUGAGAAGGAGGAACUGAUGCUCAGGCUUCAGGACUACGAGGAAAAAACCAGGAAGGCGGAGAAAGAGCUCUCCGACCAGAUCCAGAGAGCCCUGAAGCUGGAGGAGGAGAGGAAGCGGGCCCAGGAAGAGGCGGGGCGCCUGGAGGCUGACCGCCUGGCCGCGCUGCGCGCCAAGGAGGAGCUGGAGAAGCAGGCAGCCGACCAGAUCAAGAGCCAGGAGCAGCUGGCCACGGAGCUCGCCGAGUACACGGCCAAGAUAGCCCUCCUGGAGGAGGCGCGGCGGCGCAAGGAGAACGAGGUGGAAGAGUGGCAGCUCCGGGCCAAGGAAGCCCAGGAUGACCUGGUGAAGACCCGGGAGGAGCUGCACCUGGUGAUGACCGCGCCGCCGCCGCCGCCGGCCUACGAGCCGGUGAACUACCACGUGCACGAGGGCCCGCAGGAGGAGGGCUCGGAGCUGAGCGCCGAGCUGUCCAGCGAGGGCAUCCUGGGCGACCGCAACGAGGAGAAGCGCGUCACCGAGGCUGAGAAGAACGAGCGCGUGCAGCGGCAGCUGAUGACUCUGACCAGUGAGCUGUCCCAGGCCAGAGACGAGAACAAGCGGACCCACAACGACAUCAUCCACAACGAGAACAUGAGGCAAGGCCGGGACAAGUACAAGACGCUGCGGCAGAUCCGGCAAGGCAACACCAAGCAGCGCAUCGACGAGUUCGAGGCCAUGUGAGGGGCCGGGCCUCGGCUCCACCCCGCGCCGCCCCCGGCCCUGCGGCCGCCACCCUCUCCCGGCUCGGGGUCCUUUACCAAGAGGGCAGUUACUUCAGUGGGAGUGUUCUGGGGCUGGGACCGGCGGCAGUUUCCCUGGUUUAUUUUUUCCAAUUGUAUCAUAGUGCCAAACAGGCCUGAUUCUUAUUUUUAUUUUUAUUGAAUCACUUCCUGUGUUUUUUUUUUGCUUGGAGCAGGACGAAAUCAAUUAAGGAAAGAUGCCUGUAAAGUCUGAAAUAACUAACUCCUCCAUGCUGGCAUGUAUGAUACAGAUUCAGUAUAAUUAAAACCACAUCGUGGCUUAUAUUCUGUGCCAUACUUUUUUUCUAUCUGAAAUUAGCUGAAAUUGAUUUUCUUCUUGAUUUCUAUGAAGGAUCCUCCUCUGUAUAUUUGUUUUUUGAAGGGUGAAAAGUUUGACGCAAUCCCUUACGCACGCACACCAUUUCCUUCCUCCAGGCCUUCAGUUCAGUUGACGAAAUCCUGUGAUCAUUCGAUUCCUCAGGAUAAACAAUGCUGGAUACUGUACUCUGGAUAAAUUUUUUCUUUUUGCUUAACAGGUAGAGGGCUACAUUGUUGGACUUACACACCUAAAUAAUGAUCAGCUAUAGAGCAUAGUAUUUAUAUGUAAGCGAUAAUGUGGGUUUGUAACAUUAGUUUAAAAAAAGGGAAAGUUUCAUUCUGUAUAUUUUGUUACCUUUUACAGAAUAAUAAAAGAAUUACAUAUUAAAAA